AUGGAAAAUCGAAGGCUUCCAGCAGAAAGGGGGAACCGAUACAAAGGAAUUUAUCCGUAUGAUUAUAAUCGCGUGAAAUUGAUGAGAACAUAUGCAAAUGAGAACGAUGACUUUGUCAAUGCAUCUUACAUACAUGGUUUCAACAAAGAGCGAGCGUACAUAGCCGCACAAGGUCCUUUUAAUCCGAAGACGUUAGAGGAUUUCUGGACGAUGAUCUGGCAGAAUGACGUCACAAGGAUCGUCAUGCUGACCAACCUGUACGAAGGAGACAGGAUGAAGUGUCUUAAGUACUGGCCGGACACGGAUCUGGACAUCCGUCAAUAUACCAUAAGACUGGACAAUGUGGAUGUGUACGACCACUACGUGCUGAGAUAUAUGGUUGUUCAUUGUCAGGAAGAGGAGAGAAAAGUGACCCAGUUUCACUUCACCACCUGGCCAGACAAUUCCAUUCCUGAUGAUCCGACGUCACUUAUUUACCUCCGUAGUCUGGUCAGAGAUGGGUUGAUCACAUCUGAUGGACCGAUAGUUGUUCAUUGCAGCGCUGGAAUUGGGAGAACUGGAACAUUCAUCUCAUUUGAUUACCUCCUUGAAGAGGGCGCUGCAGAACAGACAAUUGAUGUCAAGGGGUACAUUGCUUCUUUAAGACAGCAGCGCGGAGGAUCUGUGCAAACGUGUGACCAGUACAUCUUUCUUCAUGAGGCACUUGUGGAAGGAUUUUCAAACAGCAAUGUUCACCAUGGUUGUCUAUCUGUGUUGUAACAUCUUGGUGUACGAGAAAAAUAUAACCAACUUACACGCAAAUAGUUUGCUUCAUUUUCACAUAAGGAGACAUAAAUAUGACAAGAGUGUUUCGAUGUCACUAACAGGAAUAUAAGAAUACUAAAGUACACUUUAUUCCUCGUACAUUGCUCAUUUGUACAUUCUAUGCAGAUUAUUGUUUCAUAGUAUGAUUUUUCUCAUGUCUGUUUAAAACAAAUCUCAUUCCUAAUAAGAUAUUUUAAUUUUUUUCAUUUU